GAGAGAGAGAGAGAGAGAGAGAGAGAGAGAGAGAGAAAGAAAAGGAAGCACCGAGCAACUUUAUUGGGAGUUUUAAUUUGAAAGGGCCUCGCGGGGCUUUAAGAAUAUCCCUUUUUUUUUUUUUUUUGCCGUGUCACUUUGAGGGUCCGACGGAUUUUCUUCUUUCGCAUUCAGGACGACUGGGAGUUAAAAAAAACAAACAACAACAACAACAACUGUUCCUCCUUUUAUUAUAUGCGAUGGCUCGUAAAAACAAACCCCGCAUAUGACCUUCACGUCUUAACAUUAUUUGCUACAUUUACCGGAUUAUUUGCUACACAGUCGCACGCGGUCUGCGACAACUUCGACUCUUUUUUUUUUUCCUCUUUUUUUUCCCUUUUUUUUUUUUUCCUUUUGAAUGCGUUGCAAAUAUGAUGUCACCGACGCCACUUUUUCCUGAAGUUAUGGCGGAGCCCAACUUUUCUAACUUCUCUUGACCAUUGAGUGCACUUGGCUUUAAUAAUGGAGCACCUCCAGGGAGCGUGGAAGACCCUGAGCAACGGCUUCGGCAUGAAGGACUCCGCGUUCGAGGGCCCGUGCCUCUCGCCGACCUUGGUCCAGGGCUUUCCUUGCCAGCGUCGCUCCUCAGAUGACAGCAAGAUGCCCGACUCCAAGGCUAGCAGCACUAUCCGCGUCUACCUCCCGAACCAGCAGCGCACUGUGGUCAACGUACGACCAGGUAUGACUCUGCACAGCUGCCUGAUUAAAGCGUUAAAGGUGAGAGGGCUGCAGCCUCAGUGCUGUGCCGUCUUCAGGCUGCAUCCAGGACAGAGGAGUAAAAAAUCGCGGAUGGAUUGGAACACUGACUCCACCUCCCUGAUUGGAGAGGAGCUACUGGUGGAGGUUUUAGAUCACGUUCCAUUGACGACGCAUAAUUUUGUCCGGAAGACGUAUCUGAAACUGGCGUUCUGCGAUAUUUGCCAGAAGUUUCUCUUGAAUGGUUUCCGUUGCCAAACAUGCGGCUACAAGUUCCACGAGCAUUGCAGCACCAAAGUGCCCACCAUGUGUGUGGACUGGAGCAAUAUCCGACAACUCCUGUUGUGUCCCACGCCUGGUGACAGCGGCGCCCCGUCGCUGCCCCCGCUGACGUCCCGGCGAAUGAGAGAAUCCCUAACGCGGUUUCCAAGCUCGGCCCACCGGUAUUCCACCCCGCAUGCCUUCAACUACGCCGCGCCUUACACGCCCGCGGGCGGCUGGCUCUCCCAGAGGCAGCGCUCCACCUCCACGCCCAACGUGCACAUGGUUAGCACCACCCUGCCCGUCGACUGCAGCAUGAUUGAGCUAGACUGCCUGAAUGCCUCCCCCGGCUCCUGGUGCCACCGAUUCUGGCUGAAGAGGAAAGUAGGUAUUGUGAACUUCUCCCAGUCUUUUGUCGAGGCCUCAUCCGAGAGUCCCGAAAAGGAUGCAAUGCGUGAUCACGACUCGGGGGGGAGUUCCCCCAGCCAGAGCCCUACAGGCUGGUCCCAGUCCAAAGCGCCGCCACCCUCCCAGCGAGAGAGGGCCCCGUCCUUCAACACUCAGGAGAAAAAUAAAAUUAGGCCUCGGGACAAGCGGGACUCCAGUUACUACUGGGAGAUCGAGGCCAGCGAGGUGUAUCUGAACUCCCGCAUCGGCUCGGGCUCAUUUGGGACCGUGUACAAAGGGAAAUGGCACGGUGACGUAGCGGUGAAGAUUUUAAAGGUCACUAACCCCACACCAGAGCAGUUUCAGGCGUUCAGGAAUGAAGUGGCGGUCUUGAGGAAGACGCGACACGUCAACAUCCUGUUGUUCAUGGGCUACAUGACGAAGGACAACCUGGCCAUUGUGACCCAGUGGUGUGAAGGCAGCAGCCUCUACCAACACAUUCACGUCCUGGAGACAAACUUCAAGAUCAUCCAGCUCAUAGACAUCGCCAGGCAGACGGCUCAGGGCAUGGACUAUCUGCAUGCUAAGAACAUCAUUCACCGGGACAUGAAGUCCAACAACAUCUUCUUGCACGAAGGGCUAACGGUGAAAAUCGGGGACUUUGGUCUGGCAACGGUGAAGGCCAGAUGGAGCGGCUCGCAUCAAGUGGAGCAGCCUUCCGGAUCCAUCCUCUGGAUGGCUCCCGAGGUCAUCCGGAUGCAGGAUAACAACCCCUACAGCUUCCAGUCUGACGUCUAUUCCUACGGAAUCGUUCUCUUCGAGCUCAUGACGGGAGAGCUCCCGUACUCCCUGAUAGCAACGAGAGAUCAGAUUAUCUUCAUGGUGGGAAGAGGCUAUUUGUCCCCGGACCUCAGCAAGCUCUAUAAAAACUGCCCCAAAGCCAUGAAAAGGUUGGUGGUCGACUGCAUCAAGAAGUCCAAAGACGAGAGGCCCCUCUUCCCUCAGAUCUUGUCCUCCAUUGAGCUUCUCCAGCAUGCCCUGCCUAAGAUAAACCGCAGUGCCUCAGAACCGUCCCUGCACAGAGCCUCUCACACGGAGGAUAUCAAUAUCUGUACUCUGACCUCCUCCAGACUGCCUGUUUUCUAGAGGUUCAGACGGCACAGCUCCUCCUCCUCCUUUUUUUUGAAAUAUCCAAAAUAGUCCAAAUGCUCAGGACGCCCCAAAUUCUUUACAUACAGAUGACGCAAAUCUAGACGUAACCAUGUACACGCAAUCAUACAUAAACCCGCGCUAAUCAAUUUGAAUAUGUGAGGAUCUACUUUCUUUUUUUUUUUUGGGAAGGAAGUGAGCGAUUCCAGUGGGACGAGGCGGGCUUAAGACGCACACGGAGGCGGGUGCCUCGCUUAUCACUGCACGUAUUAAGAAGUAUGCAGCGGCUCCACGGUGGCGAUGCAUUUGGUUUAAAAAAAAAAAAAAAAUUUAAAAAAAUUGUAAAUACAUGCUUGCACAACUAUCUAAGACAACGAGGAAAUGGACACUGAAGGAAGCUCAAGAGGAAGACGGAUGUGCGUCUCUCUUGGUUCGGGUUCUGUGACGUGAAGGACACCCCUUUUUUUUAAAAAAAUUUUUUUUUUAUCUGGCUGUCCUGGGUUCUGAUGAAGAGGACCUUUCUUUCUUUUCUUUUUUUUAAAAGCUUAUAUGCCUUAAGAGGAAACGAAGCCUGGACUCAGAUCCCGCACAGUUCUCCUCCUCCUUGUUAUCACAAACAAAGCCGUUGGAUGUAGUCCAUUUAGUUGCACAGUAGUAGUUGAUUUUGCAUUGUCUUGAAUGAUGAUGGCGUAAAUGUGGGAAGUUGUUGUCCUUUUUUUUUUUUUUCCUUAAUUGUCUCUUUUUAUGGGGGGGGGGGAGGGGGGGUCAUAUUGGACAGCGAGCAUAAAAAAAUAAUUGAAUUUGCAUAUUAUUUUUUAGCAAAAGCAAUGGUUAUGUUUCCACAGUCUACACGUUGUCUUCGUGGCUCCGAGUAAAACGAUCUGUAGACGCGUUCUUAUCGGUUCCUCAUCGUCAGGUGGUCUUAAAUGUUUAAAAUGAUUUGGAAAAAAAACCCCUAAUUUGUAUCCGUUGUCUUUUGAUGUCUCUUUCAGGAGGUUAAACAUGGUAUUGUGUACUUUGGUGAGAGAGUUGUCUAUUCGAUAUUUUAAUAAAAUUAAGUUAAAUUCUUUUGCCAAAA